AUGACGUUCGAGAAGCAACUACAGUUUCACGCCGUAACCACAUGGAGGCGCAAGUACAUUGCUUACGGCGAGGUGAAAAAGAUUCUCAAGCGCAUUGAGCAGCUGCUCCGCGAUGAGAGGGUGGGCCAAACGGCGGCAGGCGGGCUCGAAGAAGAUGGGGCGACCUCUGACGAAGAGGGGUACGUGGGGCACCACCACCACCACCACCAUGAAGGCGAGGGCCUGCUGGUCGGGAAACACCGCGCGGCAGAGGUGGAGGAAGCCCUGGAGGAGCUCGAGCUCACCUUCUUCCGCCGCCUGCGGGACGAACAAGCCAAGGUCGAUGGCUUCUACCACCAGCAGCUCCAGUACCUCCUCACUCGCUCCGAACGUCUCAACGACCAGCUACGCAGCUUCGAAGCCGCCUCGGAGUUGUCUCCGGCGGACUUGCACAAGGCGUCGAAGAGGCUGGAGAAGGCCGUGGUCGACUUCUACCGCCACCUCAUGCUACUCGACAACUAUGCCCUUUUCAACUUCACCGCCUUCCAAAAGCUCCUGAUGAAGCACGACCGUAUCACGCAGCUAUCCAGCGCCGAGUACCUCGAGCUCAUCGAGCACACAUCUUUCGUCGCACGCACCACGCUCACCAGCCUCAUCCACGACACCGAGGAGAAGUUCCGGGACAUGUUCGCCAAUGGGAGCCUUGACAAAGCCAAGGCAAAGCUGUUGGCCCGACAGCACGACUACUUCGACUGGAAGGUCCUCCAGCUCGGCUUUGUGGCUGGAGGGGCGGCAUGCAUCCUGCUGGCGCUGGUGCUCCUGCUGCUGCAAGGCCAGGUGCAGGAGGUGACCGGUCCGGUCGGGUGGAGCAAGGUGCUGCCCGUGUACCGCCUCAGCGCCAUGCCCAUCCUCGGUAUCUGGUUGUGGGGAGUCAACGUGCUCAUCUGGCACCGCACCCGGGUCAACCAUGUCUACAUAUUCGACCUCAGCCCCACCUCCGCCCUCAGCCACAUCCACCUCUUCAGGUUUGCCGGUUUUCUGAGCGUGCUCUGGGGCACCUCCUUCUUCCUCUACGCCGGCACCGCCGCAGGGCACUUCAACGCUGGUCCAGCUGAGAUCUUCCCGUUGGCGCUGACGUGCACGCUCAUAUUGCUCAUCGUCUGCCCCUUCAACAUCCUCCAUCGAUCUUCCCGCGUGUUCUUCCUCCAAGUGCUCGUGUCCGUGGUGCUGGCGCCCUUCGGCAAACUGCGCUUCGUGGACGGCUACCUCGGCGAUCUGCUCACGUCCAUGGUCAAAACGCUGGGCGAUGCGGAGUACACGGUGUGUUACUACACCACCGGGGACUGGCUGGAGAACACCGGCCGCUGCCAGAUCGCGAACAGGUACGGCGCUGCCGCGAUGGCUUGCCUGCCGCUGUUCUGGCGCAUGAUGCAAUGUCUCGGCCGUUACUCCGCCACCAAGCACGUCGAGCAUUUGGGAAACUCGACCAAGUACCUGGUGGCCCUCUCUGUGGUGCUCCUCUCGCAACUCUACGGCGACCUCUCCUCUGCCGGCGAGUGGUCGGCGAUUCGGGUGCUGUGGUGUAUCGCCUUCAUCGUGUCAACGCUCUACUCGUACCUUUGGGACAUCUUCAUGGAUUGGGGCCUGGGCCGAUGGCACUCGCAGAACUUCCCCCUCCGAGACGAACUCUUCUAUUCCAACCGGAAGUGGUUCUACUACUAUUGCAUUGUGAGCAAUUUCGUGUUCCGUUUCUUCUGGACCAUCACACUGAGCGGCACCCCCAUCCACACCGGCAUCGACUCCACCACAAUGGGUUGGAUCGCCGCCACUGUCGAGGUCGUGCGACGAUUUACGUGGUCAUUGCUGCGCGUGGAGAAUGAGUUCCAGAGCAAGGCUGGCGAUGUGAGCGUCUACCGCGAUACGGACUUCAUCCCGCUGCCCUUCCAGGUCAACCAGGUCGAGGUCUCUGAUGCUGAGCAUGGCGCAUGGCGGCAUACGGAUGACGACAAUGACGAACAUGAUGGCCAGGACGAAGAGAGGCCACACAUGCAGCCCCCACCACGGGGUGGCAUGCUGGUCAAUGGGAAGGGCAAGAACACCACUGCCUCCACUGGCACCACCACUGUGGGCAGUCCACUCUCAUCCUAUGAUGAUGAUGGUGACCUGCACAUGCUUUACUCCAUCAAUGCAACAACACACCAGUAA